AUGGAAGGAAAAAUUGCUCAGCUUCUCACAUUUAUCUCUGCGAUUGUUUUAGUUCUGGGAGCAGUGGAUGCCAGUGUUCCGGCAGUGUUCAUAUUUGGGGACUCCACUGCUGAUGUUGGGAACAAUAACUUCUUGCCUGCUAGUCAGGCAAAGGCCGACUUUCUGCCCAAUGGCAUAGAUUUUGUGCGAAGUAGAGCUACGGGCAGGUUCAGUAAUGGACUGAACAGUGCCGACUUCUUAGCUCCAUCAAAACAUCACUCUUUUCUUUGGCACCAGGGCCAGGUCAUCUCCAUGGCGAAGCAAGUACAAUACUUUGAGACAGUGCGUUCAAAUCUCAUAGCACACAUGGGAAUGACCGCAACGGAAAAGCUGCUCGAGAACUCUGUGUUCUUCGUUAGCACUGGAAGCAACGAUAUUUUGGAUUAUUUCGCAGCCAAUGGUCCUGUUAGCCGUGCUCAGAUGAUUGCCUUCCUUUCCAAUGUUUCCGUUACUUACAAAGGCCACCUAAGGCAACUAUACAACCUUGGUGCAAGAAAGAUUGGGGUAAUCAGUAUCCCACCCAUUGGAUGCUGCCCAUCUCAAAGAAGCUUAAAUGGCACCAGUGGUUGCCUCGAGGAAUUGAACGAGUCAGCUCGGGCAUUCUACAUGGCCACAGAAGCCAUCAUGAAGGAUCUAAGCUGUGAACUCAAAGGGUUGAAGUACUCUCUUGGAAAUGCAUACGAGAUGGUUACCAAUUUUUUCAGAAAUGCACCUCAAUUGGGAUUUACGGAGCUCGAGAGUGCAUGUUGUGGAGCUGGCAAGUUCAAUGGAGAAUCUCCCUGUCUUCCAUCUUCUUCCUUGUGCUCGAACCGCAACAAGUACCUGUUCUGGGAUUUGUUUCACCCUACGCAAGCCGCCUCUAAGUUGGCAGCCCUAACUCUGUUCCAAGGCUCUGAGGAGUUCGUAACACCAAUCAAUUUUGGCCAACUAGCUAGCUGA